CGGAUGGGUGGUUUAGCAAAGCUUCCGUUACAGUGUUUAGGAAUAUACAGACGAAGUUAGCGCAAAAGUGCAGAGCAGUCUCUAGCCGUGCUAACAAACUGGAUUAGCUGGCUCGUUAGCUUGGCAUCAUGGCUAUGUAGCCAGCACGCUAAUAUUGUCUCGGCUGGAUAGCUGCUAACAUCAGCAAGGCCGCCAUUGAAGUCGUGUGUGCGGUUUGUCUGGUGCUGCCGCAGUAAAGGAGGGCUGUAGGUCUGUAGCCAAGAUUAGUCGCGUCCUCUCGAGCAGCAGCCGAAGCUCUUGCCUGAUACUGUUCGGGUCGUUUGCAGUAUUUUAAGCUACGUUUACCCAGGGAUUUGGAAUCUACGUGGAUCCUAGUAUCUGAUUGCUGACAAGAACACCAGCGCGGCAGCGAACAAAACAACGCUUUUUAUUCCCCGAUUCCUUAUUGAGUCAUCGUCCGGCAAGAAAACGGAGGUCGUGGGGCUGGAGUGUGUUCUCAUGGCCGAGUCAGAGACUGAAUGUGACACACCCGGCCUUGACACACUUGGGUCGGAGUGUGUCAUAGCCCACAGCCAUGUCGACCUUCAUUACGGAGCAGAAACGGAGAUCAUGACAGAGGAAAAGCGUGGAUUAGAGCUGGAGAUCCAUGGCUCAGACUUAAAGAUCCAGGGUCUGGGGACAGAUCUUGGCGCUGUAGCCUGUGUGGAUGCAAUUGUAGCCGAGACAGACCACGACUACAUUAAGGUGGAACAUGGGGAGAUGCAUUGUUUCACUGGAGCCGAAAUCAAGACAACAGGAAGUGAGGCUCUACUGGGAGAGGUGCUACUUAAGACGGAAAGUGAGCAUGUUGUGAAAGUAGAGUCUGACCACGGUGGGGAGUUGACAGUGGAGUCCGAAAAUGGUGUAAUCAUUCAUGAAGCCCACGGCCUGCAGUGCAACGAAUGUGGGGAGAUUUUUGGCAGCAUAGCUGAUCUCCAUCAACACUUUGAGAUCCAUAAGGACCUCAACCCUUACAUCUGUGUCCACUGUGGUGAGAGCUUUGCUGUGGAGGCCAGCCUCAAACAACACAUGAAGAUUCACAUGAAAGAGAAGCCCUACGUUCCGCCAGGAGUUGAGAUCAUGGGCAAAGAUGUUAUUGAUGCCUUCAGCCUAAAGUCUCAUCAGAUGAUUCAUCUCCCUGACAAGCCACACAGAUGCUCAGAGUGCGGUAAGAGCUUCGCAGCUGCCAUCACCCUGAGGGAACACAUGAAGAUGCAUUCAGAGGACAAGCCAUACAAGUGCACCCAGUGUAGGAAGAGCUUUGUCCGCAGAAGGCAUCUGAAAAAGCACCAGGAGGUGCAUGCACGGGAGAAGCCAUACACCUGCGGUCAGUGUGGCAAAGGCUUUGCUACAACUUCCAACCUGAAGCAGCACCAGAAGACCCACGCAGCAGUUGUGCUUGGUGAUAAACCCCACCGAUGCACGCAGUGUGGCAAGUGUUUUGCAGCUGCUGCCACCCUGAGAGAGCACCAGAGGAUCCAUUCGGGUGAGAAACCCUACAAAUGCAACAUGUGCAGGAAGAGUUUCGUCCGCAAACGCCAUCUUAAGAAGCACCAGCAAGUCCACGCCGGAGGGAAGCCCUACACCUGCAGACAUUGCAACAAGGGCUUCAAUCACUCCUCUUCACUGUCUCGCCACCACAAAACCCACCUGCAGAAUCCAGUGUUUUCUCCACCUCAGCCUGGGAAACCCAUGUCUUAUGGCACUCCCCCAAAGCAGAGGGUGCACCAGCAGGGAGAUAAGCCCUAUAUGUGCCACCACUGUGAGAAGGGCUUUAAUCAUUCCUCUUCUCUGUCCCGGCACCAAAGAGUCCACUCGGAGGGAAAGAGCUACACCUGUGCUCACUGUGGCAAAAGAUUCAAUCACUCCUCCUCCCUUGCCAGGCAUCAGAGAGUUCACUUGGAAGCCAAACAGCAACAGCAGCAGCAGCCACAACCACCACAGCCGCAACCACAGCAGUACACCACCAUUCCCACAGGGAAAGGAUUCCCAAACAAUGCCUUCCCUAAACAGCGCAUCCUGUCUGUUGAUAAACCAUACAGGUGCUCCCAGUGUGGAAAAGGCUUUAACCAUUCAUCUUCCCUCUCCAGACAUCAUAGGAUCCAUGUAGAUCAGUGAGCACCCUUUCCAACUUUUACAUGCUGUCUCAUGCAAGCGCAAACACCCCUGCUCCCCCUGUCUAUGUUCUACCAAUGGUCCCAUCACUGAUAUCGCCACGCCACAGGAAACCCCAGGCCAACUUCUAAAGACAGCAGUGGUCGGGUUAGCACAUUGCUACAUUGAUGUGGAGCAGCUGAGAAUAAAUGGAUAGUAACACUCAAGUCUUCAAAAGGAAAUGGCUUGUCCUGAAGGACUUUGUAACCUAUAAUUCAGAGCUGAACCCGGGACUUUGUGCUCAGUAUGAAGAGGGUAUAAUAAUAGAUUCUGAAGGAGCCUCUGUUCUUGUUUGUGAUUGUGCUUCACUUGCUCCAGGACCUCUUUUUGAACACUUUUAAAGAAAAAAAAAAAUGUGAUUUGAAGAUCUACAUGAUUAAAAAUUGUUACCAGGAGAAGAUAUGCUUCACUCACUGGUUAGUCUUUUUGAUAGAAGAAUUCAGUUUAUGUACCUUCAGGUGGACAUGUGCUUUUCAGCUGCAACUUUAUUCAAAACUACCAACACAAUUGGUGAAUAAGAACUGUUGUCUCAAUUUUAUUUUUUUUUCACCCACAUAACCCUUGUGAAGCAAACAUGGAGAAUCCAAUGUAAAUACUUAAUGAUUUUCUUUUAUAUAUAUAUAUGUAUAGGUGACUAGUGUGCUGUUCCAAAAGAUUUUGAUAGUAAGAUCCACCUCGUCUCCACCUUUUUUUUUUCUCUCCCUUUUAUGACUAUAAUUUGUUUUACGUGUUGGAGAUAAAAAACAUGUUGCAGGUGUUCUCAUGCAGCCUGUUCUUGAAUUCGGGCUCCAUCCGACAUGAGCCGAUCUUGUAUAUUUAUAAGGUUCUUUUCUUGUAUGUCUACGAUGGGUAAGCACUGCUGCAUUGACUGUACAGAGAGCAAUACUCGCUGACACCCUGAUUCUAUUAUGACAUGCAAUUUAGCUAUUAGAAAAUGCAUAAUAGAAAAUAAAGACCUCCUGGGUAGCAUAUUACAACAUGUACUGUGUCCUAAUUAUUUACCGUGCAGUUUCCUCUGUACUCACGCACCAAAAUGUACACGAAAUGCAACAUCACACUUUGUUUAUUGCUUUGGAGACUAAUUCAAUGACCUGUGUAUAGAAUAUAGGCAACUCUUACUCAUGUUGAUCUUGCAAACUAUCACAAUUUGAUCUAAAAAAAAAAAAGAAAAGAAAAAUAAGGUUGUGUAUACUAAAGACUACACGAGAAGAAAAUCUCACUUUUACAAGAUUUUUCCGAAUUCCAAUGGAUGCGCUCUAUUUACUGUUCUGUGUAAAAUAUCUUUUACAAACUGAUGUAUUUUUUUAGAUAUGGCUUGGGUUAUAUGAAAGGGAAUGAGAGAUAUACAGUUUUUAUGGGAGUGAACAUGGUGAGCAAUAUUUUCUUUUCUUUUCAUUUGGAUAACAAUUGUGCUUCAAACUGUAGCAUAGGUUUCUUCCUUGUGUUAGAUAGGUGCCUUAUUGCAUGCUAUGUAGAAAUGUAUGCCGAGCUGUUAUUUGAGAAAAAAAAAGUUUGGGUUUUCAGGAGUCUUUUGUUCUUAUUCAUACUAACUUACCCUACAUUUUAAUUUGAUGUCACUGAUACCUAUUGCUUUUUUUUUUUAAUUUUAUUUUUUUGCUUUCAUGUAUAUUACCAUGCGUUUACACUGUUACGACCAUAUUGUCUUUUAUUUUUUUUUCCCUUCAUUAUUUUGUCAAUGGCCUCAUUGUAGAAAGAAAUUGUAAAUGAUCCAUAUAGGCUUCUCCUAGGGGCAAAUCCUGUAACACCUCUUCCCAGUUUCUGAGUGGCACAUAUAUGGAUAAAUAAAGGUUGUUGACUCUC